AUGCUGGCACCUGAGUAUCCAGGCAUGUACGAUGCUCACGCUGGUAUGCAUCCCGGGAUGGCUGCAUCUCUGGCAUCGCUUCAUCCUUUCUUUCCACAGUCCCGUCUCCCUGAAGCACCUCUGUCGGAGGAUGAUAUGGCACUCUUCAUGCUUCUUGUAACAUAUUCCGACGCUCUCGACGCAUUGCCUCUGGAAACGACUCGGAGCUUUUCUGAUCUUCGGGAGCUGGAUGCUGUACUAGGAGCUCAUCUCGUAUCACUGACACAGCGUCUUCAAAACUUGGCUGCUGUGAUCGAAGACCCGUCCGUCUCCCCUGGUGAUCGUCUGCUGGCGCUGAAGGAAGUGGCAGAAGAGGCACGCGCCUAUAAAAUGGGCGGCGAGGACAAGAUUCGUGUGGCAGUCAACACAGCAGAAAUGAUCUCCUCGCACACAGAGUACAUCGAUUCCCUUCUUCGCUCAUUGACGUCCCUCCCUUCACUUGGUCCUUACGUACGGGAGGGACGCCCUCAGUACAAGCGCCUAAGCGAGUUGAGCUCAUAUACCACGCCAAGUGAAUCUGCGCCGGACGGCCUCUUUGCCUCUACCUCGAAUUUCAACACUAUGCCUAUGGAGGCAGCGGCUGCAGGACGGCGUUCGGAUAAGACGCGGCCCUAUGCUCCUGACACUACGUCUAGUCGCACUAGAGACUCACAUGAAGCUUCUCGUCAGAACAAGAAGCGUAAAGUACUGCCCCCCUCGACUUCCGCCCAGCGCUCUCGUGCUGGUGAUACUCAGCGUGGUGCCUCCUCUGGAGCUGGGAAACGUCGUGACACUGUCCGCUCAGGCUACCAGGACGAAUCGGAUCGUGAUAGCAGUGACGAGCAUACGGAAGCGUAUACUAAUGGCACGUCUGCCGACCGUCUUGCGCGUGUAGCGAAUCGGGCACGGGCUCGUGGCGGCCCAGCAGUGGAUUCUGAUUCUGUCAAAGGCGCCUCCAAUGCUACUUGGAAUAGCCGACGUUCUGGCGAAGCGACGGGCGACGAGAAUGAACACAGUCGCUCGUCAGGUCGAAGCCGACCAGUGAAGACAUCAGGCAAUUCGGGGCGUGAUGAACAAGAUGAACAACGUUACUGUUUCUGCAACAAUGUUAGUUAUGGUGAUAUGAUUGGCUGUGACGACGAUGAUUGUGAACGUGAAUGGUUCCACUUGGGUUGUGUAGGCCUAUCAAAGCCGCCGCAAGGCACAUGGUACUGUGAUGCUUGCUUAGAGCGGCGGUCACAGCAGGCACGUAACAAGGCAAAGCGUGGCGCACGUCCUGGUCGUGCAGCGGCUUCACCUGAUAUAGUGUCUGCGCCCCCUCGCCGCCUCGCAGGUGCAUGGCGUUAA